AUGAAUACUGACGGAGUGUUGUCUUCUCCUGCCCUGGCAGUGGUGCUGAUCGGAGACUCCGGCGUGGGGAAGAGUAACCUCUUAUCCCGUUUCACACGGAAUGAGUUCAACCUGGAGAGCAAAAGCACCAUUGGGGUGGAGUUUGCCACCAGAAGCAUCCAGGUGGAUGGGAAGACUAUAAAGGCCCAGAUCUGGGACACGGCAGGCCAGGAGCGCUAUCGUGCCAUCACCUCUGCCUACUACCGUGGUGCCGUCGGGGCCCUUCUGGUUUACGACAUUGCCAAGCACCUGACGUACGAGAACGUGGAGCGUUGGCUGAAGGAGCUGCGGGAUCACGCCGACAACAACAUUGUCAUCAUGUUGGUGGGAAACAAGAGCGACUUGCGUCACCUGAGAGCGGUACCGACGGACGAGGCCCGGGCUUUCGCAGAAAAAAACAAUCUCUCGUUCAUUGAAACUUCAGCACUCGACUCAACAAAUGUAGAAGAAGCCUUCAAGAACAUCCUUACAGAGAUUUAUCGCAUCGUGUCCCAGAAGCAGAUCGCGGACCGGUCUGCCCACGACGAGUCUCCGGGAAACAACGUGGUGGACAUCAGCGUGCCUCCCACCACCGACGGACAGAAAUCCAAUAAACUCCAGUGCUGCCAGAACCUGUGACCCUCCCUCGGCCGCUGCCCGCCCUUCUCCUCAAGGCCUGCCCUUCAGCGGGAGACACGUGCGCACUGCUCCUUCCUCGGCCCCCCCUGACCCCCUCCUCCCCCCCCAACCCUUCUCAAAGAGGGCUAACCUCCCCUCCCCCGUGACCGGUGAUGAAUGUAGUGCUGAGGGUGGGGUGGGGGAUGCGGGGUGGGGGGUGUCUUUGAAAUUCCACCACGAGCCAGGAAGUGUUCUCUUGUGUGUGUGUGUGCGUGCUUGUGUGUGUGUGCGCCUCGUUUAGAGGAACGGGGAGGAUGGGUGCUUGAGGGACCUCAAGGGAGUGUUGCUGUUGUCUUUCUUUGUGGCCAUUCAGGCACAAAAGAACUCUUUAAAAGUCAAGGAGAAGCCCUUCUUUUCUGGCUUCUGUCUGGUGGGCGUGUCAAGACACCUGCACACUCACACCUGGCAAAACUCAUGGAUUGGCUUUGUGACUCGUCUCUCUUCCCGGUCUCGUGCCAGUGGGGGUUUUAUUUUGGGGGGUGUUGGUGGUGGUUUAGCUUUCCUCGCUUUUUCUCUCAGACCAGCCCACUUCUUUUCUCUUGGCUCUCCCCUCCCUCCCCUCCCUGCCCUCCCCCUUGCUUUCAGUUUGGGACAGUGAAGUCUGUCUGUGCGCAGUGAGCUCUUGACGCCACCAGGGCUGCGUGCACAUCCCGAGAACCGGCUCCGAAAUGUCACCCGCCCUGGCAUGACACUAACAAAUCUAGUAGACGAAGUGCCAGCCGAAGGCUUUCUGGGUCUCCUUUUUCACCAUCCGAAUGCUUCCUCGUGUAUCUCCGAGAUUCCAUCUCUGCAUGUCGCUUUCUUGACCAGCUAGUCCCUCCCCUCCCCCCCUCACCCCCUUGUU